GGGACAGAAUUAUAGGGAUACAACCAAGGAGAAUGUCACCUGGGAGAUAAGUUAUCUAGUUCUUCUGACUGCAAGGAACAUUUCAGUUCUUGGUGCCUGUGCUUCAGUCCGGAAAUGACCGUAGUGAUUGAAGUUCCUCAUAGCCCCAACACAUCAAUUUUGUGUGAGGAAAUGCUUCAACACCCCUGCUGAGUGUCUGCACUGAGCCAUGCAACCCCCCUGUGAGCAUGAAGACACAAACCUGCUGCUCCAGCCACUGUUGGAGGGACAGAGUUAUGGAGCUGCUGCAGCAGAUGGGACCCAGUGUCCAUCAGUGGCUGUGCCAAGGAACAGCCCAGCAAAGAGGGAUUGCCUGGUUGUUGCUGUGCUGUGCUUUGGGAAUUUGAUAAAUUUCAUUGAUUGGUUCAUUGUGCCAGGGAUCCUGUUGGAUAUACAGAAAUACUUUGGGCUCAGUGAUGGGAAGACAGGUCUACUGCAGACAGUGUUCACCUUGUGUUACAUGCUGGCUGCCCCCAUCUUUGGGUACCUGGGAGAUCGCUACAACAGGAAGAUCAUCCUUGGAGCUGGGAUUUUCUUCUGGUCUGGUGUGACCUUGGGGAGCUCGUUCAUCACUCAGUCACAUUACAGGAUAUUUGUUCUUUCACGAGGACUGGUUGGCAUUGGCUCUGCCAGUUACUCCACCAUAGCACCUACCAUCAUUGCAGACUUGUUUGAGGAAGGAAAAAGGACCACAGUGUUAUCUAUCUUCUACAUCUUCAUUCCAGUGGGCAGUGGCUGUGGUUAUAUGCUGGCAGCUGGCAUGGCAAAAAGCACGGGAGACUGGCACUGGGCAUUCAGGGUAACUCCUUGCAUGGGAGGACUGGCACUGCUUCUCCUGAUUCUACUGGUCCCUCACAAGAUCCAGAGAAAGACAGCAGUCCACAGAGCCCUGAGCAUCUCUGGCAUGAUAGGAGGAGCAGAUGAGAAGCCAGAUGUCUACAGAGCUACCAGGACUAGUUGGUGUCAAGAUGUGGGGUCACUUGUCAAGAACUGUAGUUUUGUCUGUUCCUCACUGGGUCUGACUGCCAUGGCCUUUGUCACUGGAGCCCUGGGAAUGUGGAUGCCACUGUUUCUGUACAGAGCUCAGGUUGUCCAGGGCCUUGUCCCACCAUGCCUCCAGGACUCCUGCAAUUCAUCUAACAGCCUAAUAUUUGGAGGCAUCACCAUUGGGACAGGAAUCCUGGGUAUUAUUGCUGGGGCAGAAGCUGCAAGACAUUUAAGGAAGAUAAACAACAAAGCUGAUCCUCUGAUCUGUGCCACGAGCAUGUUCCUUUCUGCCCUGUGCCUCUACAUAGCUCUGAUGGUGGCCCAGACAAACAUCCUUUCCACUUUUAUUUUUAUUGCAUUUGGAGAACUGUUUUUGUCUGUAAACUGGGCUGUUGUGACAGACAUACUGCUGUACGUGGUGGCACCGAGGCGACAAUCCACAGCCAUUGCCCUGCAGAUUUUGGUCAGCCAUUUGCUGGGAGAUGCAGGCAGCCCAUACCUCAUUGGAGCUAUCUCCAAUGCCAUCCAGGCCAGGAACGUGCCCUCGCUGCAGUGGAGUUUCAGGAGCAUGCAGUACAGCUUUGUCACCUGUGCCUUUGUGGGGGUCUUUGGAGGAGGAUUUUUCCUCCUGACAUCUUUCUACGUCGAGGAAGAUCGGAAAGAAGCACAGAGGCUCUGAGGUGUCUGUGUUUGUAACUUUGAAACCUGGAUGUGGUCACCCGUGUGACACCAGCCAUGGGAUUGUCUCUGUAACAUCAAACCAUGUUAAUGUCUGCCUUAUGGUAAUGCCACAUCAGUCUCUAUAAAAAAGAUAAGGACAAAAUCUCAGUGAAGUCUCAGAUUAAACAAACCUUUCACACUGAGCAAAACAGACCACAGAGCUCACAAGCAAAAUGCUGUUAGUGCAAAAUGCUGCAGUACAUGGAAACAACAUCAUUUACUGUAGGGCACCCCUGCAGACUUCAUGGAACAUCAGGUUCUUUUUCUACUCUGAUUUUUCUCAGCCCUGUAGAACCAGUCCUGUCUCUCUGUAGCACUUCUCCCUCUUUCCUAAAAGAAGUCAUGUUCAAAGUAAAAAGAUCUACAAAAAACCUUUUGAACUGGACAGAGGCCUGUCCUCAAGCACCUGGAUUCUUACAGCCCCCUUCUGCUCAGACUUGGUUUUCCA